AUGGAUUUGGUUGAGAACCCAUGUUUUCUAUUAUCUUACGACAUCUCUUUUAAUCAUAACAUGUAUAAUGCUUUGACAAUAACAGAAAUUGCAUCACAAAGCGAUUUCAAACGAUGGUCAGCAAAACAAGUAAAAGAAUGGGCUACACAAGAAGUUCAAAUGGAGAGUAUAGCAGUGUUUACAGAGGCUGAUUUUGGUAAAUGUGGAAUAGUCGUAGCACCUGCAAAGAAUAUAAUCUUUUUUUUGGAGUCUGAUGAACGAGGAAAAAGCAACCAAUUCAUCCCAUUAUUCAACGCCAAAUCUACAACAGAUCAACGAUUGAUGUAUCUUGAAUUGGUUAGACUUUUUAUCUUGAAUGUAAGUAACAACCCUCACUCAGAACCAACCAAUUUUCUAACCAAAUGGAUAAAGAUUCCAAUUUCUUCUACUCAAAAAAUUGAUCCACGCCAAUGGUUUAUAACUUCAGAGGAGUCAGAACAACCAAUCGAAAUCACCAUCGAUCACCUACUAGGCACAAUCACUGACCCAAAAGAAAAGAGUAGGCUGAUGAUUGCAGAAGACUCGUUAUUCUCCAAAUCUAUCAGGAUCACCGGUGAAGCAUUGGAGAAAUCUUUAGCAAGUUCAGUCUGCCAAAGAAUUUUAGACGAAUCAGAAUUAAAUUUCCCCUUUCUUCAAGGUAUAAAGAUACAUAACAAAUGUGCUGAACACAUUUAUCAUGUGUUUAGAUUCUUCCCUAUUUUUACCAACAUAAAAGAUGUUGGCAGUUUUGACAUGAAAAUGGUGAAGCAUCUUAUGGAACAACCAUUGGAAGGAGACAAGGGAAUUAUGGUCCACACAAAUUCAUUUAAAGAUGUUUGGGGACAGGCCAAAGAGAAUACAUUGUAUAAAUGUGGCUCAAAGUCCGAAUCUUCUGAUUUUUAUAUCAAAUUGUCUCAAACAAAAGAUCCAAGGUUCUUUCAAUCAAUUGCCAAAUGUAAUCUUUCAACUUUACAUGUUUCAUGGACCAACUCUGAAUACACAUCAAACAAUACUACUCGACCAUUCAUCAAUCAACUUUUAAAAUCAAUGUCAAUCAACCAAACACUUAUCUUUGUCAAUUUGGACGAUGAAGUUGAACAAGAGUACAAUAAUGAAUAUGAACAAGAAGACGACGAUGAUGGAGAGGAAUACAAGUCAUUUAAAGAACAAAUAAAGUCGACACCAAAUAGGAGUGCUAUCAUCAGAACCUAUAUUGACUACUUUGAUUCCCAAAUUGCCAAAGAUUAUUAA